GCCGGGGAUAAUAAAAGGAGAAAGGCUCCGCCGCACACUACAGAAGAGAAGAAACGGCGACUCACAGAGGAGAAACAGAAACCGGAGAUCCUUGAAUAAAGCUGGAUUCUUCUGUGGCUGCUGCUGCUGUGGAAAGCUGAAUCGAUUACGUAUAUUGCUCUAUUUUAGAGACGGCAACGGAGAGACAUGGCGUCGGACUUACAGGGUCAGUUGCCGCUGUGCAAGAGAGUAGAAUGGUCAGAUGUGAUCCCACUGCCACAGGAUGAUGGUCCCAACCCCGUAGUCGCCAUAGCCUACAAGGAAGAGUUUCGGGAAACCAUGGACUACUUUCGUGCCAUCUACCGAGCUGAUGAGCGCUCCCCUCGUACCCUCAGCCUCACCCGCCAAGUCAUUCUCAUGAACCCUGGCAAUUACACGGUGUGGCAUUUUAGGCGGCUAAUACUUGAGACCCUUAAUGUGGAUUUGCAUGAAGAACUGGAUUUUGCCCAACAGAUUGCUAGUGGCAACUCCAAGAAUUAUCAGCUAUGGCAUCACAGGCGGUGGGUUGCUGAGAAACUGGGAACUGAUGCUACACUUAAUGAACUUAAUUUCACCAAGAAGAUACUGUCUGUUGAUGCUAAAAAUUACCAUGCUUGGUCACACAGGCAGUGGGUACUUAAGGCAUUAGGAGGCUGGGAAGAUGAACUUGAUUAUUGCCAUAGUCUUCUCAGAGAGGAUAUUUACAAUAAUUCUGCGUGGAAUCAGAGAUACUUUGUCAUAACUAUAUCUCCCUUCCUGGGAGGCCUUAAAGCCAUGAGAGAUUCUGAAGUGACAUACACUGUUGAAGCCAUUCUAGCUAAUCCAGAGAAUGAGAGCCCAUGGAGAUACCUUAGAGGGCUUUACAAAGACGAUACAGAGGGUUGGGUUAAUGAUCCUGAAAUCCCUUCAGUUUGUUUGAAUGUUUUGAGCGCGAAAAGCAACUACAUAUUUGCUUUGAGCACACUUUUGGAUCUACUUUGCAAUGGUUUCCAGCCAAGCCAAGAGUUCAGAGAUGCCAUUGGUGCUCUUGGUACUUCGGACAUUAAUCAACUGGACUCCAACUUGGCAAUAGCAAUUUGCUCUAUCUUGGAGAAGGUGGAUUCUUCAAGAGCUAACUACUGGAGAUGGCACAAAAGCAAGCUUCCUUCUGCCCUCUGACGAGAGCUGGAACAGAGUUUGUAUUAUCUAUUUAAGCUGUUGCUUUGUGAACUUGUAUAAGUUUAGCUCAUGGAAUAUGGAAGCUAGUGACUUGUUCAAAGAAUGUCUAUGUAAGCAUGAAAUAUUCUAAUUUGGGAAAAAAUAACAUGAAAGGAUUUUUCUUGUUAGAAAUGAAGAAACAAGAUUUCC